AUGAGAGUUCCGUGGGGUUGGGGCCUGGGAUUCCUCCUCCUCCCGGCAUCCGGGGCAGCGACCCGACUACAAUCACGACGAGACUACGAUACCUACGAUUAUUAUGCAGUGCACGUGCGGGCUGGAAUUGACGCGCGCGACGUGUCGGAUUCCCUGGGAUUGCAAUAUGAAGGACCACUGGGCCAGCUGGACGAUCACCACAUCUUCUACACUCCAAAUCGACAGCACGAGUACGAUCACGUCAGAUCAGAAAUAGAUUCCCUCAAGCAAAGACGGCGGAAACGAGAAGCGGGUGCGGAAUUACCGCAUGUGCUGGACAAUGUGCUUCUCUCACAAAAGCAGGAACUGCACAAGCGUUUCCCACUGGUGAAGCGGGGCUUUGAGAGUGCACAAGAGGAGAGCGUACCGGAAUACCGCCGUCAACAAGCUGCUGAUGAAUACAACGAAGCGGUAGAGAUCGGCAUCAAGAUUGCGGCCAAUCUGAGCAUCAUUGACCCCAUCUUCCACGAUCAAUGGCAUUUGUACAACUCCAAGCAGCUGGGUCAUGAUAUCAACGUCACCGGUGUGUGGCAGCAAGGGGUUACGGGCAAGGGCGCUACCGUGUGCAUUGUGGACGAUGGAUUGGACAUGGACAGCAACGACCUCAAAGCCAACUACGACGCAGAUGGCAGCUGGGAUUACAACGAUCCGGGUCCAAAUCCAAAGCCGCGUCUGUCAGAUGAUAGACAUGGAACACGCUGUGCUGGGGAAGUCAGCGCUGCCCGGAACAAUGUCUGCGGAGUGGGUGUCGCCUAUGACAGUCAAAUCGCCGGUGUCCGUAUUCUGUCAAAGAUCAUCUCCGACGCGGAUGAGGCGGAAGCACUGAAUUACGGCUUUCAGAAGACACAAAUCUACUCUUGCUCGUGGGGUCCACCGGAUGAUGGGCAGUCGAUGGAGGGACCAGGAAUCCUCAUCCGUCGCGCCAUGUUCAAGGGAAUCCAAGAAGGUCGAGGAGGGUUGGGAAGCAUCUUCGUCUUUGCAAUCGGCAAUGGCGCUGCGAAUGAUGACAACUGCAACUUCGAUGGUUACACCAACAGCAUCUACUCGGUUUCCGUGGGAGGUAUUGAUCGCAAAGGCCUUCAUCCGUACUACUCUGAGAAAUGUGCUGCUCAGUUGGUCGUUACCUACUCUUCUGGUUCAGGAGACGCCAUCCACACCACAGAUGUUGGCGAGGACUCGUGCUACGCCAAUCAUGGGGGAACGUCCGCUGCUGGACCAUUGGUUGCUGGCAUGUACGCUCUCAUGAUGGAGGUCAACCCGCAGCUUACAUGGAGAGAUAUCCAAUACAUCACAAUCAUCACUGCCGUACCAAUCGACCAGCCAGAUGACUAUCAAAUGAACGAGGCAAUGGGCAAGAACUUUGGUCAUCAAUUCGGCUAUGGAAAGGCAGAUGCAUAUGCUCUGGUCGAAGCAGCAAAGAAUUGGACCAACGUUAAGCCUCAAGCUUGGUACUUUUCACCCUGGCUUCACGUCAAGCACGAAGUUCCUCAAGGCGACCAAGGAUUGGCCUCCUCCUUCGAAGUCACCCAAGACAUGCUCACCAAAGCCAACUUUGAGCGCAUCGAACAUGUCACAGUGACCAUGAACGUCGAACACACCCGUCGCGGAGACCUCUCAGUCGAGUUGAGAUCUCCCACCGGCAUGGUCUCUCAUAUCGCCACCCACCGCCGCAACGACAAUGCAGCAAGCGGCUAUAUCGACUGGACCUUUAUGAGCGUGGCCCACUGGGGAGAAACCGGUCUUGGGAAAUGGACUGUCAUUGUAAAGGACACCCGCGUCAACGAACACAAAGGAAUAUUCACGGAUUGGCGUCUCAAACUUUGGGGCGAGAGCAUCGACGGGGAGAAUCAACCUCUUCUUCCAAUUCCAGGUGAACAUGAUGACGAUGACCACGACUCCCUGAAUCCACCGGAAACUCAAACUGCCGGAGCGCACACCACCACCGUCGCCGUUCCCUCCGACCAUACUGGCGUCCCUGAAGGUAACCCCACCGACCAUAUCGAUCGUCCUACCAAACCAACUCCUACCCCGGCCGUCACGACUCCUAUCAUCAUUCCCACGCCAGCGGGAGAGGAAGCAGAGCAUUCUCCUCCGACCCACACCGUGGACCCUGCACCCUCCGCAACCCCAACAACAGGAACCAACUUCCUUCCACACAUCUUCCCCACCUUUGGCGUUAGCAAACGCACUCAGAUCUGGAUCUAUGGUUCCGCGUUCUUGAUCCUCGCUUUCCUCUCAUCUCUCGGUAUCUGGAUCUUCGUCCAGCGGAGGAAAAAGCGAACGCUGAGAGACGAAUAUGGAUUUGAGAUGGUCGGAAGGGAUGAGGACGCAGAAGGCGAUGAAGCGAACGUUCCAUUGAAUCGUAGGAGGAGAAAACAGAGAGGUGAUGAUCUUUAUAAUGCCUUUGCGGAAGGAACAGACGAGGAGAGCGAGGACGAAUUGGAGGAAGAGAGAUACGCGUUGGGUGGAGAGAGUGAUAGUGACGAUGGGCAGGAGAGGUAUAGAGACAAGGACGAGGAUAGUGGGAAGGCAGAGGGGAUUGAUGUCGAGUAG